AUGAAAUUCGUUGGACGCAUAGUCGCUGCAUUCGGAAUCGCAGUGUUCCAUACCAUUUCAGCUAUGGCGCAAAACAUGUCAUACGGGGCGGACAAUUUCUACCGCAGCAACAAUGUGACUGUUUGGAAGAUCACCUUCCAAAGCCAAUACCAAACAACUAUCGCGGGCAAUCUUUUCACCCUCAACAACCCCAACCGCAGCGCCUCCGCUCCGGCUGUUGUCGUCGGCCAUCCAAUGGGUGCCGUGAAGGAGCAAAGCGCAAACCUCUACGCAAUAAAACUCGCCGAGCAGGGCUUUGUCACGGUGUCACUUGACCUGCCAUUCUGGGGCAGCAGCCGGGGUAGACCGCGCAAUGCUGUGUCGGCAGAACUGUACGCAGAGGCAUUCAGCGCAGCAGUAGACUACCUUGGGGUGCAAAACCUCACGAACGUGGAUCGUGAGCGGAUCGGUGGUCUCGGUAUCUGCGGUAGCGGCUCCUUUCUGAUCAGCGCAGCGAAGAUCGACCCGCGCAUCAAGGCCAUCGCAACAUCAACAAUGUAUAACAUGGGAGCUGUGAGCCGACACGGACUACGGAAGUCGCAAGAUCUUGCUGAACGCAAGCAGGUCAUCAGCGUGGCAGCGCAGCAACGCUGGAUUGAGGUGGAUGGUGGCAGAACUGAGUACACGGGCGGCACUCCGAAUAGACUCACAGCGGAUUCGACCGCAGUGGACAGCGAGUUUUAUGACUAUUACCGUACGGUGCGUGGUGAAUUCACUCCCAAGGGCACGACUGCCAAUCUCACGACGCACCCGACUCUCUCGACCAACACGAAAUCCAUGAACUUUUACCCGUUCAACGAUAUAAACACCAUUUCGCCGCGUCCGAUGCUGUUUAUCUCUGGUGAUCAGGCACACUCACGCGAGUUCAGUGAAGAUGCUUAUGCCAGGGCGGGUGAGCCAAAGGAGCUGUUUUGGGUUGCUGGCGCUGGUCAUGUUGACCUCUAUGAUCGUGUAGAUCUGAUUCCAUUCGCUAAACUCACUCACUUCUUCCAACUAAAUCUCUAG